CUUAGGAGCAGCCGAAGUACAAUAAUAAGGCGCAUUAAAACUGCAAUUCUUUCGUAUUAGGAGACAGUAUUAUCGUAUACUCUUUUCUCGCUGGAUUUUGAAUUUUUCAAGAAAUAAUGAUUUUCAGAUUCCUGCUCCUCGCUGGGUUCACUCUUCUGCUAUUUCUGACCGAAAACACAGCUGAUAAAUCAAAAACUAUUCCUAAUGUCAAAGCCUUUUUUUACUACAGGCUACUAGCAAAUGAUACACUUUGCGAGGACAUGGAAAAUAAGGAUUGUCAACAUGGGAGCUAUGACAUGAAUUCUGACGAUGGAUACGUGGAUUCGGCUACCUUGUUUCUGGAUGAUCAAACCCAAUGUGAACUCAAACAAACCAUACGCUGUGAUCCUUUAUAUCCGUACCGAAGAAUAAAUGGAAGUUGCAACAAUUUAGCUCAUCCAACCUGGGGAAUUUCAAGAGGAUGUUACUUGAGAUUUCAGCCAGCAUUUUAUCAUGGGUAUGACAAUUUUUCGAAAUCUGCAACAGGAAAUCCUUUACCUGAGCCGAGAGAUAUCGUUCUGAAGAUUUUCAAAGAUGUUCCCCGCCUUUCUACAAAGGUGUCCUUCAUGUUCACGAUUUAUGGCCAAACUAUAGCUCACGAUUUAUCUCGAGCAGAAAUUGAAGAUUUGGACGCUGAGUGCUGUGCAGAACCUGUUAAUGAUCCGGCUUGUGCAUCCGUCCCAAUAAGACAUAAUGAUCCAUUAUAUACUAAAUACAAUCAAACAUGUCUAUUUUUGCACAGGACUGAUAAAUGUACAGAUUGCAGUGAUAUUAGUAGACAACAGGUUAAUGGUGCAACAGCUCCGUUGGAUGUUUCAACUAUAUACGGCUCUGACCAUAGGAAAUGUUUGCGAGUACGAGCCAAGGAUGGAACAGGUAAAUUACUAGCGAAUGUAACUGAAAUGGGGGAAAUGCUACCUCUUGACCAUCAAGCUCAUAGACUUUUCUGCCCUUCUAAGAAAAACUGCUUUUUAGCCGGAGAUAUGCGUGUCAAUCAGCAUGUUUUCCUUACCUCCAUGGAGACACUUUUUAUGAGGGAACAUAACAGAAUUGCUACAAGACUAAAGAAGCUAAAUCCACACUGGGAAGAAGAGAAAUUGUUUCAAGAAGCCAGAAGAAUAGUCAUUGCAACUAUGCAGUGCAUCACCUAUAAGGAAUAUUUGCCACUACUUCUUGGUCCCUAUGUUAUGAGAAAAUUUGAUAUGGCUGUGACAAAUACCUCGGAUGGAACAAAGUACAAUCCGAAAAUUCACAUUGGCGUCAGGAAUGAAUUCGCAACCGCAGGAUUUCGGCUUCAUAGCAUGAUCCCGAGCGAAGUUGGUUCUUUCGAUUUAAAGUUUACAAAUGUGUUUCGUAAACCAGACUUGAUUGUAGAUGGUCAUUUGGAAAAAAUACUGAAAGGAGCCUCUAAGGUGCCAUCCGAGGAAUAUGACCAGUAUUUUGCGCUCGAUGUCACCCAACACUCGCCCGCGAAUAGUAAAAUAAUAAUUGGAUUCGAUGUAGCUUCCUUCGACAUUCAGAGAGGUCGAGACCAUGGAUUGGCCCCUUACGUUGUCAUGGUGAGGUUUUGUUCUGAAGGACAACUGAACAUUAAGACUUUUGAUGACCUUGCCCCUCUGCUGAUGCCAAAGAAAAGUGCAUAUAUAUUGAGGGAAAAUUACGAGUCUGUAGAAGACGUUGAUUUGUACGUAGGAUUACAUUUGGAACGAAAAUUUCCUGGUUCAUUAGUCGGUCCAACAGCUCUCUGUAUGAUAACACAGCAGUUUUAUUUCGCCAAAUUUGGCGAUCGAUUUUAUUUCGAGCAUGAAGGAGAGGUACCUUCCUUCUCUAAAGAUCAAAGGAAUUCUCUUAAACAAUGCUCCCUCGCUCGUUUUUUGUGCGAUAACUCUAACAUCACACACGUGCAACAGUCUCCUAUGCUUCUUCCUAGUUCCACGAAUCCUGCAGUACCUUGUGAAGAUGUACCCAAAAUAGAUCUGAAUUACUGGAAAGAAAAUUCUUAAUAUAGAAAUAGCUAUAGAAUGUUAAUUUAUUAUUCCUGAUUCUUUUAUUAUAUUACAAAAAAAUCCAUGAUUAUAAUUGAUAUGAAUUAAUU